CUGCCUGUGUGCUCCCUGGUGGAGGAGGAUGUGUACUCGGUACUGCGGGUGCUGCAAGUGUUGUGAUGCCUGUCUCUGUUGUGAUGGACCUUCCGUGGGACAAGCCCAGAAGGUGCAGGUUGAACCCACGAAAAAGCCGACGAAAAGCGUUUCCUUCGUGAACGUUAAGGCGCCCCCGCCAGCGAUAACCUACCCCAAACAGAAGGCACCGACUCAAGAAGUGCUGGUAGUGGACGCUCCCCCGCCCAAGAAGAGUUUCUACAUUCAGAACAGGACCAGCACGGACUGGGAGGAGCUGGAGAGGCUCAGAGAGAAAGGGAAGAAGGAAUCCAACUUCGUCCCGGACGGACAGGCGGUAGACCCAGCCUCCGGCCGUUCUUACGUGUACAACAGUAAGACCGGCCAGCGGAAGUGGACCGACACGACAACAGCGGUCCUAGCGGCCAACAGGCUUCGGAACGCCGGUAGACAGAGGGACGCACCCCGCCGGGACCCAAGCCCAAGACAGAGCCCUAGAGUAGACUCUCCGCCUCUCACACAAGUUGCCCAGAUAUAG